ACACAUGAUUGUCUGCAUGAAUGUUGUUGUGUAAAGCUUGCAGGCGUUUUAGUUUCUAGUAGCUACAUUAUAUGAAUCAUGUAUAAAUUAAAUUGUAUAUUGUCCAAUUCUGUCAGGAAGGCUUGCCAACAAGUUGCUACCUCCCUGAGUGUAGAAGGCUCGAUCUGCGGAGUCGCCAGUCCCCAGAGAACAGUGUGCAUCAGUGCUGUCAGAUUACAAGACCCUGCCGGUCCCCCACCCACCCAAACUGAGAAUUGUUCAAAAGAGUUCAGCUUCCUCCCUCCGAUGCCAGGGCAGGACUCUCCGCUCAGAUGGGGGGGGAAGAAGUAUGACGAACUGCCGAUAGCACACAUUAAAGCUACCUAUAACAAUACACACAUCCAGGUGACCGACAAUGAGGGCAAGUACAUGGUCAGGACGUCCUGUGGAACUGAGGGCUUCCGGAAUGUUAAGAAGUCCACCCCUGUUGCCGCUCAGACAGCAGGCAUCGCCGCUGCCACGAAGGCCACAGUGGCGGGGGUGACGUUUGUCCGUGUGUUGGUCAAAGGACUGGGUCCAGGACGCUUGUCCGCCAUUAAGGGUCUGACCAUGGGAGGCCUAGAGGUUGUCUCCAUCACCGAUAACACCCCUGUUCCACACAAUGGUUGUCGCCCACGCAAAGCCAGAAGAAUAUGAACCCGGCCAUACCAUCUUGGACUGCAGGGGUCCAGACACCUUUUUGUAAUAUUGUAACAUGCUAAUAAAGUUGUGUAGUGU